AUGGCCAGCCAAGAAAAUAUGGUUUUCAACUAUAAAAGAAAGUCGGUACGAGGAAGCACCUGGACAGAAACAUCCAUGGAACAUGCAUUGGAAGCAGUGCGUAACGGGGAGUCGAUAAGAAAAGCGUCUUUAAUAUAUAACAUUCCAUUCUCAACGCUCCUUAAGCAUGUGAAUUCUAAUAAAACUACUAAAUCUCUGGGCAGAUUUAAGACGGUUUUCACUCCAGAAGAAGAACAAGAAUUUGUUACCCAUAUCAAAGAGCUUGAUAGCCGUUUUUAUGGGCUUACGCGACGAGAUCUUUGUGUGUUAGCAUAUCAAUACGCCGAAGCGAACCACAUUAUUCAUUGUUUUAAAAAUAAUGCAGCGGGUCAGCAAUGGUAUCAAAAUUUUAUGAAGAGACAUCCUGAGUUAAGCUUACGGACACCUGAGCCGACCAGUGUUGCACGAGCCAGUGGCUUUAAUCGCCCACAAGUGGAGAGGUUUUUCGAAAAUUUGAGGGACGUCAUCGAGAAAAACAAUAUUUUGCCUGAAAAUAUGUACAAUGUAGAUGAGACAGGGAUCCAAACCUCUACAAAUAGGCCUCCUAAGGUUAUUUCCCUGAAAGGCAAAAAGGGAGUUGGAGCUAUAUCUUCCUCCGAGCGAGGCACACUAGUAACGGCACUGUUUUGUUGUUCCGCUGCUGGGGCAUAUAUUCCUCCUACACUAGUUUUCCCAAGGAAAAAGAAAAAUCCAAGGUACAUGGAAGGAACUCCACCAGGCUCUUCUCAGUUAGUAACUGAUUCUGGAUGGAUAAGUUCCGAAGCUUUCCUGGAGUGGAUGAAGUUUUUUAAUAAUGUCAUCAUUUUGUCGGUUCCACCCCACACGACACACAAGCUCCAGCCGCUAGAUGUGUCCGUUUAUGGCCCUUUCGGAACUUAUUUCCAAAAUGAAAUUGACAAGUGGCAAAAAGCGCAUCCUGCACAACGCGUUACGUUGUUUGAUGUAGGCAAAAUUUUUAAUAAUGCCUACCUUAAAGCUGCAACACCAACAAACGCUAUAAAAGGUUUCGAAAAAACUGGCAUUGCAAGAUGUGAUUUAGAUGUUUUUUCCGAAGUGGACUUCCUUCCAGCAGAUGUAACUAACAUUGAAGAACCAGAGGUCCGUAUUCACCAUAAUCCUCAAGAUAUGGAUGUUAUUGAAAUUGGACCGCCCAAUACAUCUGCCCAUAAUGAUAUCGCAAAACCUGAACCUUCUGGUCUCAAUAAUAGUACGACCUUAAAACAAGCUAGUGACGCUCCAAAAGGAAAUAAUCGCAUUAAAAUUAUUGAUAUUCAUAUUAUACCUAAAUGUGAUAAACGAAAAGAACCCAAAACAAAAAGGAAUCAACAGAAAUCAGAGAUUUUGACUUCUACGCCAAUUAAAGAAGAAAUUAGAGAAAAAAGUAAGAGCAAAGAAUGGGUCAAAAGCAUUAGAAGGAAGAUCCAACAAGAGACAGAUUCCAGCAAACUGAAAAUACCUCGUCCACCUUCACCACCGAAAACCGCUCCAGAUGAAGAAGAAACUCCAUGUUUGAUAUGUGACGAUUCCUUUGAAAACUCCAUUCCAGGCGAACACUGGAUACAGUGCAAUUUCUGUGAGAAGUGGGCACAUCAGAAAUGCACAAGCUACAAGACUGGAAUUUAUAUUUGUCAAGAUUGUCAAAAUCAGGUCAAAGAUCAGAGAACAUAA